CCGCGCCAUGCAGAUACGUCGCUGGGAGCAGAAGGACCGUUUAAAAGAUUUGCUCGUGCCCAUCGCGGCACUUGUUUCCCAUUCAUCCAUUUAUCCACACUCUACUGAACAAAAUUCGUCCCUGAGAUCCUCAUCAAUCCCUCUACAUCCAAACACCCACCACCAACAUGCCUCAGAGAAUCCCAGAAGCCGAGUCGCUCCUUGAGCUCCUCUCCCUCAAGGGCAAGGUCGUCGUCGUCACCGGCGCUUCCGGACCCAAGGGAAUGGGAAUCGAAGCCGCUCGCGGCUGCGCAGAGAUGGGAGCCGACCUCGCCAUCACCUACGCAUCAAGAAAAGAGGGCGCGGAGAAGAACGCCAAGGAGCUGCAGGAGAAGUACGGCGUCAAAGUCGGCGUAUACGAGUGCAAAGUCCAAGACUACGCCAACGUGGAGAAGCUCGUCUCCGACGUGAUCAAGGACUUUGGCAAGAUCGACGGCUUCAUCGCCAACGCCGGCGCCACUGCCAACAGCGGGAUCCUCGACGGUUCCGUCGAAGACUGGAACAAGGUCAUCAACGUCGACUUGAACGGAACCUUCAACUGCGCCAAAGCCGUCGGCCACCACUUCAAGGAGCGAGGCACCGGGUCCCUCGUCAUCACCUCUUCCAUGUCCGGCCACAUCGCCAACUUCCCACAAGAACAAACGUCCUACAACGUCUCCAAGGCCGGCUGCAUCCACAUGGCCAAAUCCCUCGCCAACGAAUGGCGUGACUUUGCUCGCGUCAACUCCAUCUCGCCAGGUUACAUCGACACCGGUCUCUCCGACUUCGUGCCAAAAGACAUUCAGCAGCUGUGGCACUCCAUGAUCCCCAUGGGUCGUGAUGGUCUUGCGAAGGAGCUCAAGGCUGCUUACGUUUACUUCGUCUCUGACGCUUCGACCUACACCACUGGUGCUGAUCUCCUCAUCGACGGCGGCUACACUUGCAGGUAAAUGCAGCAAAGUAAAAAAAACGAUCUUAUGAGCUAUGAAACACAAACUUCGGACUUCCCCCAGUAGUGCGAGCUUGCUGCGGAGAGAGAGAAUACUUUCUGAUGUGAAAAUUCAUACCGAAAAAUGUAGCUUCGAAAAUGAAUGUCAACGAAUUCUAGUAUCUUAUCAAUUCG